AUAUAGCUGAAACAUGGUCGAGUUACUCAAGGCGCUCAAUUUGACGGGCAAUCUGCUGGCGGGCCUGGAAGACAACAGCCUCGAGAAUGUAUCGAAUCCAAUUGCACUGAUCGCUGCCGCAGAUCCAAGCAUCAAUGGGACGGCCUUGAAUGUAACCACCACCACAACGACGACCACCACGCUGUCCAAUGCCACUGCCAGCAGCAGCGGCGAGAAACUCCAAUUGGAUGGCUUCGAUCUGCCGGGCAACUAUUCCAUAUUGAUCAAUAAGCUGGAGCAGCUGGCGCUGGGCCUGGACUCGGCGCUGGGCAACUUCACCAUCGAUCGCCAGGAGGUGGAGAUCAACUUGAGCGGUGCCUCGGCCAACGAUGUGGCCGACGUGGCCGACGACUUGAUCUUCAGCGAUGUCCUGCCCGCUGCACGGCCGCCAACGACGCACAUUGCGCACGGCUCGCGGAUCUACACUGGCGAAGAGGAGGAUUUCGCCCAUGUGGUGAGCGACAUUUGGAUUGGAGUCAUCCUGACGCUGCUCAUUGUGUUUGUGAUCUUCUUCAUCUGCGCGUGCUUUUUGUAUCACAAGUUUCAACAGUGGAAGAAUUCAUAUCGAGCCAAUCAUGGCGAUGCCACCAUUGAAGUCUGCCGCCAUUGCCCGCCUGAGUACGAAGCCGAAUCUCUGCCCUCCUACACCAUUGUCUCUGGCUUGCCCACCUACGAUGAUGCACUCGAGGAGUUCCGUAAAGCGGGUAUCAUACUAACUCCCUCCUUUGUGCCCGUCAUCAAGAUCUUCGAAAGCGCCAGCAAUGAAGCCGGUGGGGCCAAGGAGCCAGCCGUUUCCUAUAGCUUGGUGGAGACUACGGCUAGCGAUGUCAAUGCAGAUAACAUUUCAAUUACCUCCAUCACCUGCAAUUGUGGCGGCUCCUCGCCCACUGGCUCGCUGCCCAGCUACAGUGCCGCCACGGCAGCUGCCAUGGUGGCGGCCAGCGCCAGUGGCUCGCAGCUCAGCUCGCAGGUAAUUGAGCUGUCGCCGGAGCAUUUGGCCUCGCUCUCCGAGAAACGCCUCUCGUUGCAGAUCUCAUUCAACAACUCGCUACGCCGCCGCUCCCGCUCCACGUUGCGCAAUCACUUGCUGCGCUCCCGCGCUGUGGGGAACACCGCCGGCCUCGGCCCCAUUGAGACAACGAUGCCCAAUGUCACGAUCGCCACUGGCACCGAGGUGCUGCCGCCCAUACAUCGAACCUCCUCCUCGGUGUCGCUGUCCAGUGAACGCCAGCUGCUGGAUCAGCGCUUGAGGCAUUUGCAUCAUCGUGGCUCCUUGUACUAAGGAGCAGCUCCGAAUGCCAAACGCUCAAAUUUCAAUUACUUAAUUUUUAGUUAUAAGCGACAACAACUGAUAUAUGGAAUAAUAAAGUGUUUAUACAAAUGUUG